AUGAUAUUAGCUCCUCCUGGACAGCCCAUAAUCACAAGUCCGAGCCGACGAGACGUCGACGGGGUAUCUAGCAUUGUUGUGGAGGAGGGCGACCCACUGUCGUCCGCUUGCACAGCCAUUCCUGCCGGUCAGCCGCCUGGUAGCCUUACCUGGCGCCUGUUGUCACCCCACUUGGCGACAGUCCAAUCGUCUUCGGGGCAGACGAACCGGACAGAGAGAAAAGGCAAUACGUCUGUCGACGCUUCAAUGAGGAGUCGUGAACGUCCUCUCCCGAAGCAGCACUAUCAAACCACACUGUUCAACGCGACCAGUCUCGAUCUUCUAACCGUGGCAGCAUCUUCUGGCGGAAGUCCUCCCAUCGUCGAGGCCUCGACGUCACGGUUCCGUCUGGAGGAACCCCUUCUGGGGUUGAAGAGCCAGCUAACUCUGUCAAAGCUGUCCAGGGAGGACCACACCGCCCGCAUUGUGUGCUCAGUCAGGCACAGUCUGGGCGUGGAAAGGACUGCUGGCCUUCAGAUUUUGGUCAAAUGUAAUUAUUUCAUGUUUAUAUGA